AUGGCAGGAAUCAGAAUGACAUCAACAUCUGCUUGUUCCGAGAUAUGUUCAUCGACUGCUCGACAGAUAGGAUCGACUAAGAACUCUGGUUACCAAGAAAAGUUCCCGCGCCAGAAUUGGCCAGUAGGUCUCAUAAGGCGCCGAGAGCACGGAGAAGCUUCUCAGAAGGCAGACGUCGACGGGUCUAAGCUGGUGGACGUGAAGCAAGGAACCAAGACAGUGAGUGAGUACCAUGAAGAGUUCAUUCAGAAGAGCAGGACUCUUGAAGGAGAGUGUCACGAAGAGGAGCUGGCUUGGCUGUUCCAGAAAGGGCUACGCCAGGAGUUGCAGGAAGGGGUUUGUGCAGCGAACUGGGGAUGGAUCCUCUGUUAUGUGUCAGAUGUAGCAAAUGAAGCUGAGAAGAUAGAGGCCAAACUUAAUAGCUCCAAGGGAAAGCUGCCUCCCAUAUUUGAAGAGUCUACAAAUGUCGAUGGGGGCCAAUCCGAGGACGAGGUGGAGAGCAAACUUGCCGAGCCCUAUGAUUCGGAAGACGAUGUCAAGCAAAAUCGAAGUGGCUAGAGUCAGCAUUAAGUAUUGAGUUGCGUGGAUUAUGAUUUGUGUUUUCCUUUUCGUUGGUUUGAUUUGAUUUUGCUGUUUUCAUGUGUUUUGGUGUUUAAUAAAACUGGUUAUGUUAUAAUUCUGAAGUUGCUCAAAACGAACACACAAAGAUCCAAACAAGAGCAAUAACUUCAUUAAAUAAAAUCAAAUGCACAUAUGCAAUGAGUCAUGGAACAUGUUGAUGACAAUAA